UCUAUUUAAUUUGCAACUGUAGAAGAAGUUAUACAGUAUUAUCUUUACUUAUGUGAGUCCAAACCAUCAACUUCUCUCAAAAACUUAGUUUGUUGUCCAAACAAAGGUUCUACAUUUACACUGAAUUGUCCAGAUUCUUGAGAGAACUGCUGCAUUAUAUCUAAGCUGAAGGUUUCAUGGGAACUUGGUGGAUACAGAACUCGUGACAUACAAUGUGUUUUACAGUUAGUAAUAUUUAUAAAAUCUUAAUCUAAAUUAGCUUUACAGUUAUUUAACAAGUCUUAUUUUUAGGAAAGAAGUCGAGGCUGUAGUAUUGAAAUACAAAAAGCUGCAAUCGCUAAGAAACAGAUCAACACCAGGAGCAAUAAAAUAUAAAGAGAACUUCUUAAUAGAAUAUUAAAGGGUAUUCUGGUUAGGACAUGAGAUACAAAUCAUGAUUGAUGAAAUAAAAAUGGAUAGAGAAAGAACUGAAGAAAGUAAAUGUAUGGACAUUAUGUUCUUGAAAAUGCAGAAGAAAAAAAGACAAGGUUGUCUCAUAAAGAAGAGCAAAGUUUAUUACUGCCUAAAGAUAUUUUAAAGCGUACAGCACUAACUGCUGUAGGAGAAAGUCUUUCUAUCAAUCAGCACACUGUUAUCAUAAACAGUGUUAUAGCUAUUUCAGGAAGAGAAAUAAAUAAAUUUGUUGUGUCCAAAUCAUCAUCUCUUCUGUAGAUAAAAGUAAUAAAUUCGGAAGCUCAAAAAAUUAGACAGUAUAUAAAAGACUUGACUGACUCCAAAUAUAAGCUGAUUUCUGUUCACUUUGACUAGAAAAUAUUUAAAGAAUAUACAGAUAAAGUUUCAGUUACAAGAGAAAGAUUAGCAGUACUAGUGAAAGUCAAUUGGAAAACUGAGCUCCUAGGUAUUUCUUAUAUUGAGUCAGGUUCUGGGGAAAUUCAGUUCAAAACAGUUUAUAAUCUAUUAGAUUCUUUUGGCCUUAGUCAUCAUAUACAGUGUAUAUGCUUUGAUACUACAGCUUCCAACACUGGAAAGCACCAAGGAGUUAUAACAAGAAUGGCCGAUAAGUUGGGAAGGCCACUACUUUUCCUUGCCUGUAGAUAUCAUAUAUUAGAAAGACAUAUUACCCACUUUAACAAGAUAUAUCCCAGUAGUAAAACGUCUGGUCUAGAAAAUCAGCUCUUUAAACACCUGAAAUCUGUCUGGAAUGACCUUGAAAAAGACAUUGUUAUAUUGAAGAGGAUUGAAACUCCAAAUGGAACUUGGAUAAAUAAACAACAUCUUGAGGCUGAAAAAUUCUACAGAGAUGUAAUAGAUAACAGGAUCUACAAAAAGGAUGGUAAAUCAAGAAAGGAUUAUCAAGAGUUAGCGGAACUAUCUUUGAUGGUAGUUUCUCAAAAAGAUAGGUUCAAAUUUCGUAUUUCAAUACAUCAUACAAGGUUCAUGUCAAAAGCGUUGUAUUAUCUUAAAAUGUAUUUACUAUUGGAAGCUAUUCCAAGUUUAUCAGAAGAAAAUAAAAAAAAGAUUUGUGAAAUGGCUAUGUUUGUCGGUAUCUUUUACACUCAAUGGUUUCUUAGAGCAGUAUCGGCAACUGCUGUGCCAUAUUAGGAUAUGAAAGCUCUGUGGCAGAUGAAGAGUUUCAUGGAUAUAAAUCUUCUUGGAGCUACUUUAGCAAUAAAAUCUGCUGGUACCUUGAUCCUGCCUUAGUUGUGUUUGCAUUAGCAGAUAAACAUUUCCCAAACAGAGAAGAUAUUGCCACAUCAUUAUACAAUAAACUUCCCAUCAAACCAAUAGUGUAUCCACUUGAACGUGUUAUGGUCAAUAAAGAGGUUCUUCACUCUCUAGACUUUUUACAAGAUCAGCCUCCAUCUCUUUGUUCUCUAAUAACUGAGCAAUCUUGACUCAUCUUUGAUAAGACGGGACAUGAAAAGGAUGAGUUGCAGUGGUUUAAGAUCUCCUCGCAGUUUUAAAAGUUUAAUGAUUUUUAUCUUGAGUUUGAAUUUACUAUUAAAUCUUUAGAUGUGGUUAACGAUUCGUCAGAGAGGACAAUAAAUCUAGUAAAAGAGCUGAUUGGAAAAUCAACGAAAGAGAAGAAGAGACACGAUUUGUUCUUGUUAAACUAUGUUUACAAAAGAAAUAAAAAAGGGACAAAGAAAAGCAAAUGUAAUUAGUAGUAAUUUAAAAUGCUAAUUUUUGGUUAUUUAAAAUUAAAAAAAAAAAAAAUUUUAAAAUUACUUUAAUUUUGUUUUUAUUUAUUCCCAAUUCUCUACCUGCAACUUGUAAUAAAGUUAUAUCAUUAGGGGAGUGGUAAUCCAACUUCAUCUAGAGUUAUCUCUAAGUUUAACAUCAAAAAU